CGCAACGGACUCUCCCUUCAAACGGGAAACAAGAUGGCGGCGGCAGGUCCGAGCACUCGGGCUUCUUCCGCGGCGGCCGCGGCGGCUCUGAGUCGGCGGGGCCGGCGGGGCCGCUGUGACGAGAUGGCGGCCGCGAAGACCGGGCUUCCGGGCCCGGCCUCUAGCCCCGCGUUGUUAGUGUUACCGCCGCCGCCACGGCCGGAGGAGUCGGGCUGCGCCGGGUGCCUGGAGACCCCGGGGGAAGCGGCGGCCCUGUCGUGCGGCCACUCGCGGUGCCGAGGCUGCGCCUCCCGCGCGGCGGGCCCGGGCUGCCGUCGCUGCCGUCCCCGGGGUUCGGGCUGGGCCCGCCGUCGGGCCCGCGACGACGGCCAGGCCGCCGCGGAGCUGCUGAACGAGCGCGCCCGUCGCGGACAACCGGAGCGCUGCCGCUCGCGCCGGGACGGGGGCGCGGCCGGCGCGGGGCCCAGGCCGGACCCUGAGCCGCGCGCGGAGCCAGAGUUUAUAUUCAGAGCACCAAUCAAAUUGAGCAAGCCUGGAGAACUUCGUGAGGAGUAUGAAUGUCUAAGAAAGCUGAGAGAAGAGAAGUUACAGGAAGAAAAAACUUGUGAAGAUAAGAUCCACAAGGUACUGCAGGAGGAUUCAGAAAUGGGAAAAAGGAAAGCGGAUGAACAGAAAACAAGAGAUGAGCCAGUGGUGCUGAAAACAAGUCUGGAGCAGUGUCCUGCACGUCUCUCGGAUUCAGAGAAUGAAGAACCUUCUAGGGGCCAAAUGAUACAGACACAUCGCUCGGCCUUUGUCUCCAAGAACAGCUCCUACUCCUUAGCUUUCCUGGCAGGGAAGCUAAACACCAAGGUGCAGAGGAGUCAGAGCUGCAGUGACACGGUUCAGGACCGAGUGAAGAGCAGGCUCAGAACAGCUCCACCCAACAGAGCCAAGGUCACAACUAUAACUCCAGGGUCCACCCCCAUUAUUGGUGUUCUCUUGUCCACUCAAAACAACCGCUGCCUCUCAGCUCCUGACUUAACCAUAGAAAAGCGCCUGCCCUUCAGCUCCCUUUCAUCCUUGACUUUGCAUAAGCCAGAGCGCUCUAUCAGCCCUGAAAGCAACGACAGCAUCUCUGAAGAACUAAACCACUUCAAGCCCAUUGUCUGCUCACCAUGCACCCCUCCCAAAAGACUCCCUGACGGCCGUGUGCUAAGUCCUCUCAUCAUCAAGUCAACACCUCGUAACCUGAACCGAAGCCUGCAGAAGCAGACUUCCUACGAGGCUAGUCCACGGAUCCUCAAGAAGUGGGAACAGAUCUUCCAGGAACGGCAGAUCAAGAAGACCCUUUCCAAAGCCACUCUCACCUCCCUGGCCCCUGAAGGAGGGGAGGAGUUACCAGGCUCUGAAGCUAUUCAUUCUAGCAAGGAGAGGCUGCCUCUGGCUCUAAGUACAAAACUGUCUAGGGCCCAAGUGCUCUCAGAGUGUGCUGGGCCCACAUCUACUACCCUUGAAUAUUUCCCUUCUGUUAACCAGACAAAAGCAGAACAGGACUGUGUUAGAAAAAGGAGCCACGAGGUUCCAGUGGAAUCCUGCCAUUCCUCAGAGUACAGAGUUGUAGCCAGUGGGCCUUCUUUGGAAGGGGAGCAGUUGGAAGAGUCAAGGACCACCCUAGAUGCCACGUUAGACAAAACUUGCAUGAGCACAGUCAUGAAGACUUCAGCAGUUAAUUCAGUGCUACCCAAAAAUGAUGUUUUGGGUGGGGUCCUCAAAACAAAGAAACAGCUGAAGACACUUGGUCAUUUUGAUCUGGCUAAUGGCAUUCUGGUCGAUAGCCUAGGAGAGGAGUCAAUUCCUUCCUUGCGUAGGGGCCGGAAAAGACGUUGUAAGACCAAGCACUUGGAACAGAAUGGUGUUAAGAAACUGCGACCACCCAGCAGUGACAUGGGCCUGGCUCCCAAAGACCCAGGACUGCUUGAGGUGGGGCGGAAAUGGCAGCAGGAGGAUGCGGGCCCCAUGGCUAUCCAGUCACAGCGCAUAUUUGACAGUGAAAGGCGGACUGUGAGCCGGCGGAAAGGAAACAUGGAUCAGUAUCUCUUACGGUCCAGCAGCCUGGCUGGAGCCAAGUAGCACUUACUGAACAAUGUAAUGUUACGGCUUCUCAGAGGCCUUGGCCUCAGUCAUUUAUCCAAAAGAACUAGCUGAAUGGUCUCACUUUGAGUUUCUUUCGAUGGCAAAACACUGUCUAAUACGGUUCUGAGGGGCUUCAGGACCUUGGUAAUCAAAGCCAAGGGUCUGUAUCUUUGGCUCUCUAGGACCUGGGCCAUGCUUCUCACCCCGAGUGAGCCAACUCUGAGGCUUCCAGGCCCUAAUCUGGCAGCACCCACUUGGAAUGAGAUUGAGAUUGGCCUCAUUCAUGAACGUGAUGGCCAGAGUGAGAAAUGGCAGGGAGAGAGUACCUUCUCACACUCGUGAGACCCCCCAGCUUCUUACGACAGAGUAGUGUUUAAGUCAGCCUUGCAGAUAAAGAUCCACUCUUCAGAGACAAGCAGUGCAGUGCUUGGGAAGAUCCGAGAUGAACAGAACAGGUGAUCGUGUUCGUCUGUCUUCCCUCUGUGACUCUGCAUACCUAAAUCAGUUGAGCUUAGAACCUUUGCUUCUCCAGAAGUCAAUUUGCAUUCCCUGUUUAAACUAUGACAUUUGACUGAUGCUGUGAUUGACACCUGGUCUUCUUGGUGUCAGUUUGAUGAAGCUGCAGUGCAGGUGUUGAGGUUCUCAGCUGCUGAGUGGUGUCGCCCAGGCUGACCACUGUGUCUCCUGGAUUCUCCACAACCACAGGGUGCCUGAGGGCAUGCAUGCCAGGGCGGCCUAGGGACUGGCUGGGCACUGGGUGUGACAGUGCGAAGCCCCCUCGGAGCAGUUAACAUUGCUGAGAUGUAAACGGUAGAACUGCAGUGGCUAACCUACCCCGUUUAUAGGCUCUGCUUCCCCAGGAGUCCUAGCCUGAGACAGCUAUGAGGUUUUCUUACUACUUUCCACUUGACAAUGGCUAUCUGAAAUUUUGGUCUAAAAAUCAUGAAAAACUUGCCCCAGAGUCAGGCAAAGGUCAAUGCUGAGACUCCCAUACUGUGGAAACAAGGUAUCUAGCUGGAUGCAGCUGGUUAAAUUCAGUCCCAUGGACCUUUGGGGUUUAUUUUUCUUAGCAGCUGACACCAUGUGUCUUUUGCAUCCCUGGUGGUGCUUGGUGCUUCUGCCCUUCUGGGCUCAGUGAGAAUAGGGAUUCUGAUAGGAUUUUAGGGACUCUCAGGUGGGCUGGCGUUUCCUUUGUCUGUAUGAGCUGUUACCGUAGUCAUGUGACUGGCAUUUUAACAACAGGAUACUGCGUAGUUCUCCAGUGAGUUGCCUUUGAUCAGAGAGUUUCUGAAACAAAGUGUAGAAAUAGCUAGAGGAUAACCCCUCCUCAGUGGCUGAGGGAGAUUACCUGUAGUGCUGUUUCCUUGGGGCAGAUGUCAGUUUUGGGGAUUGUAGAAGAGAAAAACUCAGAUUUGGAAUUAGCCCAAAGGUGGUUGAAGCUCCGAGGGAGGGGAAGGAGCACAUGGAGUCCCAAGAAAGCUGUCCCUUGGAGCAGACGGAGCUCUGGAUGUGUGUGGCCAUCACCGAGAUAGGUGGCUUCAGAGAAGGCUGCUCUGGUGGAGAACUGAGAGUCCUGGGGUGUGGGUGUGUUUUUAAAACAUGCAAUAGUCUCAUUACUUUAUAGUCACACCACUUUACUUCUUGCCCUAGGUCACUUCAGGCUUUAGGGCUGCUAGAAGGCAUGUUAAUGCCCCAAAUAGGAGGGCUGGCCCUGGUCUGCAGAUACAAGGAAAUUCCAUUAGAGAAAAUUUGGAAAUUUUUGCCAUUUCAUAUAUUUCUUUUAUGAUCUUAGUAAUUAUUAUUAGAAGGCUAGUCUUACUAAGAAGUAGCAAAGGCACUUAUUUUUCCACAUGUCACCCUUUUAUAUGCCAUUGGCCAUUAGAAAAACACUUUCAGUUGGAGUUAAUUUUUGGUUUUGGGGAAAAGAUAAAGUAUUUUUAAUAGAUGAGAAAUAUAUAUAUUUUAAAUAUCCCCUGCCCCUAGUUACUGCCUUGACUCUAAGAGUGUGCACAGCAGUGGUGACAAGCGUACCUGCAGGUGCGGUGCUGCUGCUGAGUGGGUACUGCGGAUGCUGGGCUGGCCGGGGCCGUCCUGGUGUGCUGUGGACAGUGGUUCUUGAAGUCAAGGCAGAACAGUUUACACUGAGGAGGAAAGGCUUCCUUUUUAGUCCGCUUAGCUUCGACGGUGGGAAAACUACUGAAGCGCUGCAUGCAAGGUGCUCUCGCAUGUGGUCACCGAAGCCCCUCACAGCUACAGCUGUUGACUCGGGAGAGCUGGUGCACUAGAGGGAAGACACUUCACAACCCUCGUUCUGCCGUGCUCCUUCUGUAUGUGCAUUCCGCUUCUUUUGUUUUCUUACUAGAGGAAGAGGAGGGUGAGUCUUUCUAAGAGAUGUGCCAUUCCUCAAGAGGGUUGGUAGCCCUUCUCCAGAAAGGUAACCUUAGUGACAUUCCUGAGUAGCUGACAGUACCUGUUGGGAGAAGUCAUCUGGACCAGAUGGAUUGGUAUCAAGUCAGGGAUUAUUCAACCAGCAACUGACCUCUGUCCCUUAGUUAACUCUUGUCUAGGAAUUCUUUCCUAACUGACCUUAUUUGUUAAAAGAAACAAAACAAAAAAUCCAAAACUUUCUUUUGUGGGGAGAGUAUACUGGUCAUAAAUGUCCCUUAUUAUUUUUUAAGGUAAAAUGCCCCUCAGAGAGUAAAGCUAUUUAAUUAUUGUCUGGUUACAAACUAGCCACUGACUAACAUGGGCAGCUGCUGAUUGAAGGUUGUGUUCAUUCAGUAGGCGCUUUUGAGCUCUUAGACCACCCUACCCUGUGCUGGACCAUAGGAUAGUCCCCAUCGGGAGGGGGCAUGUCUAGUGCACUGUGCGUGCCCAUGUGUUUGGCCAGAGAGUGUGUUAAUGAUCUCUGGACAGCCAUUUCCUCUAUAGCAGAGAGAGCUAGCACUUAGCCUGCCACCAGCAACAUUUCCCACACCUUGUCAGUAUUUAUGAGCUGGUUAACUCUGCCUUUUCCCGCUCCCUAAGUAACUUUCCCAGGGAAGAGUGGAUGUUCUGCAGUGAUAUAGAACAGUCACCCUGUUCAGAAGCUGCAUUUACAUCAAGUCCUAAGAAAUGAGGCAGGUCUGGAUCACUGGCAGGGCCAGAGAAGCCCAUUCUUCAUUUUAGUGAUCUCCUAAUGCAUUCCCCAAGCUGACCUCUCACCAGAACCGGCAGUGACCUGGGGUUUCUUCUUCCUAGCUUGUCACUGAAGUGGAGAGCCAUCAGGAGACGGUAGAGGCUAGCUCAUCAUCGUGGGAUAUUAAAGCUGGACCAGCCCCAGCCCCACUUUAAAUGAAGACCCACUGUUCUGGUUUCUGCUGUAGUUCUUCUCUAGGGCAGAAUAAUAGUGAAAGUCACACAAUUUGUGGAUGAAGGGGACACCCAAGUGACAGAGGUUUUAGAACGGCUGUUUUGUUUCUUUCAAUUAAGUUGUACCUAUAUCCCCUGAAUAUAUCCAUAAUAUACAGAGUACUUAAUAGGGAAAACCCCAUAGUGUGAACUAAGUAAUAAGUGGAAUUUUGUUGUAGUUAUUUUAAUUACAGCCUUUGCUGUUUCUUUCAGAAUAAAAUUCCUUAGGGUCUUACACCUUUCUUAGCCAGCCCUUUGCUCCUCAACCAUAGGAUGCUCCCUAGACUUAGCGUUUAGAGAGGAUGGAACUGGUUAAAGUCUCAUGACCCAGGAGGGUGCGAGGACUAGGCUGCUGCACACAUUUUCUUUGAUGACCCAGAAAUGCACCUUUCACCAUAGCAUUCUGAAGACUGUUCUGUAGAAGACAUGUAGGAAGGAACACACAGAGGUGUCAACUUAGUCAAAGUGGAUGGUGGAAGAGGCACCAAACCCAUGUGACCAGACUGCUCUGUGUCUGCCAGUUUUUCUUCUGAGGGGCCUCUUUUGUGUCCCCUUUGUGGCGUCUCAGGUCCAGAAGGAGUUAGACAAAGCCAUGCUAAGAUCAGGUUCGCUCCUCUCCCUUCCCCACCACCAAGUGUGAGCAAAAGACAGUGCAGGCUUCAGUGUCGAGCUGUGCAGGGUGUACCUUCUGGUGCCAGAUUCCUGUAGCAGGCGUCAGUUCUUCCUAGCUGGCACUUGCCCUCCAAGCUGAGAUUCCAGUUUGCAUCAGACAUGACCAUCAUCCCUAAGCUCCAGCAAAGCAAGAAACAGAUACUAUGCAAGACAAGUGGGUGUUCUUAUUCUCCCUUCUCCCCCCCCCCCCUGCACCUGAUACACUGUUUACUCUUAGCUGUACAGACAUAGUUGUCUUAAGAGCCAAGUACCAAACCUUUCCACCUAGAAAUAUAAAAUGGUUGUCUGUUUGGUUUUAGGCAACCUGCUAUAGCUCCUUGUGGUCUGGUGGUUGUGACUUACUCAACCUGUUUACAUUAGGAUCGGAGAAGGGGCCCUGCAUCCUGGUGGACUGCCACUGCUGUCUGUAACCCCUUGACUCAUAAAGAGCCUUUUGACAGAGGACUUGGGACAAGGUAUGCCCUGUCAGGGAUGCUUUUCGCCACAGUGAAAUGGUGUGGAAUUGAGUGGGAGGUUGUACGACUAAAACAGAACCAAAGUGCAUUCUUCAUGUGUAUGUGCCUGUUCCAGGCGAGGCCCAGGUUGGAAAUGCAGUAAAGCAGACUUAUGAAAGCAAACAGUCUACUUCUGGUUAGUCUCGAGAGACCUGCGUCUGACAGUGUGGACUAAGCUCAAGGCAGGUGUUUGGGUGCUCUCCUGGGGCAGGGAGGUACCUGGGAUGGAAAGGCACUGGGGUGCGGUCUCCACAAGGAAUAAAUAUACCUUUUGAUGUAUUCUAAUGGACAGUAUUUAGUUUCCUGACCUCUUGUGACCAUCCCGACUUCUCUGAAGACACAGUUGGCAUAAAGUGACUUGUGGGAUGCCACCGUCCUUGCCCCUUACAGCUGUACUUAGAAAUACGAUUGUUAAACAUAUUCUUCUUUGGAACCAUUGCUUAGAAAGUCAUAAAAAAAAAAAUACCUUUGACAUGAGUUUUUCACUGAACAUAGAACAAAUGUUAACCUGUUUCUCUUAA